AUGAAGCGGGAUAACAGCCUUGUAAAUAAACGUGAAGAGAAGCGACUCCAGAUUAGAGAAAUUGGAAAAAAUUAAGGAAACCGGGGGUGGGGAGAGAAGCCGAUCUCCCCAGAAGAGUACGCAGCUGGCAACUUUAUCACCACAGACGAGAGAACCUCAGAAAUGAACCCACCUCACCUCAACACGUUAUAGACUUUUUCCCUCCACGGGCGCCGCCAUGUUUAUAUAUCUCUCACCGCACAUAUACGCCUGCGCGAAGGCUCGAGACUCAGCUCCCUAACGUACGAGUGCCCUGAAGGGACACACUUCCUCCAGAAAGCAGGCCGACUAAACCCGCGCGCGUAUUGGCAGUCCGGCGUGCCGUUGUGAUUGGCAAGCCCGGGGCGGGGAAAGAGUGAGGGAGUCGCGCGUCGCAUAGGCCGGCUGGGUUGAUUGAUCGGCCAGGCGCGCGGCAUGGGCCGGUUUGCUUCCACUGAUUGGCUAAUCUUGAGAGAGGAGGAGGAGGCGGCGCUGGAAGGGAGGGAAAGGAGGGCAAGGCUCUCGCGCUCCCUCCGAGAUAGGAAACAGGCGAAGGUCGAACGCGGAGCAGAAAGGCGGGGGGGGAGAGAAGGGGGCGGGGCAAACCACACACACACAGGUAGAGAGAAAGAGAGGGAGAGAGGGGGAGUGGGCGUGGUUAAGGCUCCCUCGCUCGCGCCUGCCUGUGAGAGAGCGAGCGCGCGCGAGAGAGAGCGCGAGGCGGCCGCGGCGCGCGAGCUUGACGCCUCGCGCACGCGCCGAGGCAGGAGCGCUGCUGCUGCUGCUGCUGCUGCUAAGGCUGCCGCCGCCGCCGCGCCGCCGCCGCCACCAGCAGCACCAGCACCACAGCCGCUGCUACCGCCGCUGCCGCCAUUUUGGAUCCGCGGCCGCCCUCAGCGCAGCGCGAGGAGGAUCAGGCUGGAAUAAGACGACGACGAGGAGGCGGCGGAGGAGGCAGAGGCGGAGGCCUGCGCCCGCUGAAGCAACCGAGAGGGGCGAGUCUCCUGGGGUGGGAGGGGGAGGGACGUUGGUUUUCCCUCAGCAGCAACCGAAGGAGCAGCAGCAGUGGCGGGUCUCGCCCUGGCCUUGCCCGCCCGCGAAGGCGGGUUGGCCCCGGCCUGGGAGGAUGAGGCAGGCGCGGAGGAGCCGGAGCCGGGCCUCGCUGUGACGCGGUGAGCGAGGGAAGGAGGAGGAGAAGAUGCGGGGAGGGAAAAGGGGCGGCGGCGGCGCUUGGGGGGCUCUCGGUCCCUGACAGUCGGGCCCCUUCGCCUGGGCGCGGAGGGGGCUGAGCUGCGGAAGGGGCUCCUCUUGACAGGCCCUUUCCGUUGGCGGGGAUCCUGGAAGCCUCGCCGGCUGUUUGCUCUCCCUCAGGGGGAGAUCCUGACAGCCAGGCCUUGGAGGGAGGGAAGGGGAGAUCCUUGCAGCUGCUUUUUAAUUAUUAUUUUUUUGAGGGGGGGGGCGUGUUAGCGAGACAGUAAAGGGAAUAUCUUUUGCAUGGCUGCUCACUGCUUUCGGGGGACUUGGGUUUCAGGUGCAAGGCUGGGUGUGUAUGUAGACGCACGCAGCGCACAAAAUCCUUGAGAGGCUGGUUGUUGCUUUCGGUGGGCGGGGAGAGGGGGAUCCUUGCAGCUAUAUUUGGGGGAGCAUGUUGGAGAGAGUAAAAGGCAGAUUGCUGUGAGUUGGGUUACUGCUGUGAGGCGGUGGGUGGCUCAAGGUGCAAGACUCGAUAUGUACACACACACACAGACGUGCAACGUUUCCCCUUUUGAAGAGAGGUCCUUGAUCUUGUUAUGCGAGCGGGUGGGUGGUGUAGGUGGCUGGCAUGCUCUUGGAGCAUGACUUCGGGGGUAUGUGUGUGAAGGAGGUGUGUGUGUGUGUGUGUGUCUUGCAUUUUUAUUUUAUUUUUUUGCAGCUUCGUUAUUGGGUGGGUGUGUAUUUGUAAACGUUGCACCCUCGUUUUGUGAGGUUUGCUGUUCAAUCCUUGUGGCUUCAUUUGUGGAGUUUUUGCAGCCUCCGUUUUGUGGUGGUGGUUAUGUAUUCUUGUAGAAAAACGACCACAAAAACUGGGAACCACAAUGCUGAGCAGGGUGGGGAAGCGGAAGGGGCUCCAGGUGUUUGAAGGGAAAAAUAUUUCACAUAUAUUUUUCUUCAAACAUCCUUUCCUCUCUCCCCCGGCCCCCCCCCCCCAUGUAUUCGAGUAACUUCACCUUUUUGAGAGGGACGUUAUGUAUGGAGUUUUGUAGCUUCAUUUUGGGGGCAGGAAUAAUACUUAGGGGGAAAUCUUGAAGCUUCACUUGCAGAAUUGUUACAGACUUGCUUCUUGGUGGGAACUCAUGGAUGGCGUUAUUCAGCUUCAUUUCCCUCCUCUGUGGCUAGGAAUGAGGCAGAUUGACUCCUGUUUAAAGUGAAUGUUUGGUGUGCUGAUACACUCCUUGUCCUCUCUAUUGGGAUGGGGAAUUAAUUCCUCUCUUUUUUUAAGGGAGGUGCUUGAUCGUUUCCUGUGUGUGUAGAUUUCUGGCAAGAACCUGAGUGGGUUGGCAGCUGAAGGGGAAUCCUGCUGGAUGAGCAAGAUGGGAAUCCUGGUGGCUGCACCCUGGUAGUAUGUGGGUGGGCUUCCUGACAGCUUGGCCCCUGCUCCCAUAGCUGGAAUCAUUGACGGGAGGGUUGAUGGAUAAGGCUAGUCUCCAGGAAUGUUAGUUUGGUGUGCAUUGAGACAGAUCCAUUUGUGUGUGUGAGUGAGAAAGUGAUUGAUUCUUUGGUACCGAGGACCCCCUCAGAGAUGCCAAAUUUCUUGCACAGAAUGUAUUCCCUUUGUAGGAAAUCAUCACAGUGUGUGAUGAUUUUUCUCAUACACAAACACAUGUGUUUGGCUUCAUGUACCAGUGUUGUUAAACUCGCAGCCAAUCGCUGCUUCUCAGCAUGACUACACAUGGCAAUAGAUCAUCACACAUGACAAACUACAUGAGGCUCGCCAUCUAAUUUGUCUUUUCUGAAUUGGCCUCUGGCUUCUAUGAGGCGGAAAGAGGUUCUUGACAGUUAGGUCACCUCCUUAGAAUGGCAGGUGAGAGGUUGAGGAUACUGGACACGUAGUUUUGUAGAAACCCCAUGUCAUUGCGGACAGCUUUCAGUAUCUGGGAGGGUCGUUGUCCCUUGCCUUGAGAAACUGCAAACUUUUCUCAAGGAUUAAUGCUUGGAUAGCUCUUUAUUUAACCCUAACCCUUCACUCCUCACUUCAAAUGACAAAAACCAAGCCUUAAGUACUUGUGCAUAUUCUUUCUAUCUUCCUUACCUCCCCCACCUCAAAUAUAUAUUCUUCUGCCAGAAUUUACACUGUCAGUUUCUCUGUACAGAGGCCUGUUCUCUCCCCUGCACCACCACUUUUUGUUUUAGUGUUGUAUAAAAAAGUAUUAUCUCUGUAGAGAAGGCCUGCCUUAAGAGGUACCUCUUAAAUUAUUCCUCGUUUGUUUGGCAACUGCUGCGGUACCUCUCUUAGCAUUUUGCAUAUGAGCCCCCCUUUCUUUGAUGUCUAAUACAUUUAUCCUUUUAUCCAUUUACUUACAAGUUGUGUUGUGCUUGGGACUAUAACUGCUUAACAGUCAGGUUUUAUGUCAUUUUCAACUUGAUCUUUCAGACUUUCAGUUACAACUUUUCUGUUUGUAACUCCUCCAGGCAGAGAACAUGCCCCUGCUGCACUUUCUACAAUGCCUGAUGUAUUGUAACUAUUCAGUACCUGCUAUGUAAGAGCAGCUGCUAUAGCUCAUCCUUCCACUAGAAAGCUUAAAUGGCACUACCAAUGGUCUUCUGUCCAGGCCACAUUUCCUUAGAGUCAUAAUUGUUGUAGGAUUAGGUGCUUCCAGCCCAGUUUCUGGACCCCUUGUUAGUUAUGUGCCUUUCAGCAAAACUAUAACUUCUGACCCUCUUAGGACUGCUUUUUUGUGUUGCUUUCAGAAGUUAUGGCUUGAUGUAUGAAUGUGUAAUUUUGAAAAGCUAAGUGCAUGUAUCUGUUUCUGAGAGUUGAGUGUCAUUCAUACUUCAUGUGCAUGUGGAACUGAAACAGUGUUGUUUAAUUACUGCACCUUCCUCUAAGGAGCUCAGGGAUGGGUGUGUUUAUCCCAUAUUAUUCUUCAGUUGACUGGCAGGGUAGGGUAGACUGAGGUUUGAACCUAGUUCCAGCACUCUUGUCUUCCAAUUGGACUUUCUUACCCCUUACUUCUAUAUCUCACCUGUAAUUAUAGAGGGAUGCACUGGGUAGAUGGCUACUCUUACCAACCGCUGAUGUUGGUUUUCUGGAAAAUUCUGAAUUGGGAAAUUUUCAUAUGCAAACCAGGGUAAUCUUCAUAGGAUAAUUUGCAGUGGGGAAAAAUUUAUCAUGCCCUAGAGAGUAAUCUAAUUUGGCAUGUUUAUUUUACUUGUAUUUAGUCAACAAAGCUAAACACGUUGAAACUGCCAAGCUUGCCUAAUAUUGUAUUUGCAGUUGGCACCUAUUCAUUGUAUCUAAUGAACAUAUGACAUGGGAAAACUUCCAUGGAAAAAGAAAGCACUUGGAACGUUCUGUGUGUGCAAACUUUCCCCACCCCACAUCACUGCUCUCAACCCUUAUUAGCAAGAUUGAUCUAUACAGCUCAGAACUGGCUCCUUUCCCAUUUUCUAUGAUGGAUAGGGGCCCACUAACAUUAGCAUGGCUUACUAACAAGUCAUCAUUUGUGAUAUGAAGAAGGUGCAAAACAGUGGAAGUCUUUCCUGCUGCUUGGAAGAGAUUCCUGCAGUCUUACUCAAAAACAUCAAUAGAAAUGAGACAUUUGGUGUAAAGAUCUGUGUGGUGCUGGGUCUCCUGCUUGCAAGAGGGCUGGGUGCACUUGCCUCUUGUGAGUUCGUAGGUAGAUCUGUAGAUGCCUGCUGGUGGGCACUAAAAAGAUUUCAUAUUCCUACAGCAAUGUUUGGUGGCUGGAAAGAUACUGCCUCUGUUCCACUUGGUACCUGCAUGGCAGCAUCAGUCACUUCUGGCUCAUGCUGGCCCAAGGAAUCCUAAAGGACCAGGUGGAAUUGUCAAGGAGAAUUGCUGAUAGUGAUAUUUGCAGUCUUGAUGGGGAUAUUCUAUCCAUAGAGUUUCUUGUGGGGGGGAGGCCUUGCCACAGACAGAAAGUUCCUCAUUACUAAUUUAGAGUGAACUGUUUGAAAAGUUAAAGAAAUCAUUUCUAUCUUUGUGCUAUAUUUCAGUAAAUGCAUUUGGAGCAGGAUUGUUAAAAAAAAAAAGUCUUAGGUGUGGGCCAGAUGUGGAGCUGAGGGCAUAGGAGAAAGUCUGAGAUGGGGAAAUAGUUUUGAAUGGCAGAGGGGUUCCCAUGGCAUUCAUUUUAUUGCCUGCUCUAGAUGGGUAUUAUACUCCCUUUGAAGGAGCAGGUUUGUAGCUGGGGGUUCUCCUGGAUCAAUUGCUGUCACCUGAGGCACAGGUGGUCUUAGUGAUAUGGAGUGAAUGCCAUCGGCUUAAACUAGUGGCUUAACUACGAUUCUAUCGGAAUAGGGAUAACUUGGCUGCAGUAAUCUUAUGUUCUGGGAACCUUAAGACUGGGCUGUUGCAAUGAACUUUAUGUAGGGCUGCCUUCGAAAAUGAUUUGGAAGCUUCAGUUAGUACAGAAUGUGGCUGCCUGAUUGUUGACAGGUUUGAGGCAAACAGAUCAUAUAUCACCAAUUCUGUUAUAACUACACUGGCUGCCUGUAAUCUUCUGGGCCCAAUUCAGAGUGCUGGUUUGAUCUAUAAAGCUAUUUGCAGCUCAGGACCCUAAUAUUUUUUGGAACAUCUCUCCUGGUAUGAACAUAACCAGACCCUUACAUAUUUUACUCAGGUCCUUUGUGUGAGGGAGGAUCAGAGAGUGGUGACAAGGGAGAGGACCUUUUCAGUUGUGACUCCCUGUUUGUGCAAUAUUCUCCCCAAUGAAGUCCACCUGAUGCUAUUGUUGGCUUCUUGACUCUUGAUAGACUAAGAUGAUACUGUUUUGUUAUUAGUGUGCUGCCAACAGUUCUUGUGGUUGUUUUAUGGUAUAGUGUAUUUAUAUUCAUGUUUUAAGUGCAUUGUAAGUCACUAGGAGGCCUUCAGUUAAUAAGCAACUAACAAGUCUAAUGGUUCUGUGCUUGAACUGAGAGGGAAUGCCAAAUGUGUAUGAGAUCCUAUGCUUGACCAAGGCUGCAAUUUUGAGUACCGGCAGCUCCCCUGCCCCCCAUUUACACAUGUUCAAUAUGUGUGUGAUUGCAUCACGCUGAACCCAGAAGUGACUUGAAAACUUCAUAAAGACCUCACUGAAACAUCACUAAAAGGGUGGAAUGGGGGUGGAGCGAUGUGCUUGCAGGCUUUUUCAAUGGCUUUCAUUUAUACGUGAUUUCACUGAUGUGCACGGUGCCUUGGAACAUAACCCCCGUGUAAACGAGGGGCUGCCUGUAUGCUGAUAACCUUUUAAUGCAAUCCUAGGCAUAUUUAUUUAAAAGUCCCUUUGAGAUGAUUGGGGCUUCUGUCGAGUAAGUGUGCAUAGGAAUGCAGCCAUAGCCCUGCUAAAAUAACUAUUAACCUUAAAAACAUCUCUGCAAAAGAUACUGGUCCAUUUUGAAAAAUAUAACUGCCCCCCCACCUGCAUUUUUUUGUUUUGUUUUGUUGAUACAGGUGCUAGGGGGAUCCUUAACUCUUUCAGCCUAUUAAAGUAGAACUAUCUGCUCACUUGGAGGGAAUCCUUAUUUGCUGUAGUUGCCCAGAUAAAUUUCUGUUUGUAAAAGCCUGAAUUAGUGGUAUGCAUUUUUGGGUAAAGGAUUGAAAUUGGUAAUGCUCACAAGGUCUUCCCCAUGUCUUUGUGAAAAUAAUUAUAGACAGAGGUGCCUCCAGUGAGCACGUGUAGUGGGGACUGAGAAUCACAGGAAGAAACCCAGAUGCCUGGUCACUUAGGAUUUAACAUUUGUUGCUAGAGGUUUGAAGUGUUCAUCCGGCUCUAUAUGGGGCUGGCACCUUGAAAGCAUAUCUCAAAAGUAGCAGUAGCAUAAUAGCAUUAUUAAGGCCAACUAGAAAACCACAGAAUGAUGAACAAGGUCUUGAAUUCCCCACAGCUCUUAAUCCAGUUGUGGUGGGGAACUCAAAAGCUUACUUGCUGCUUCAUAAUACUUUUAGUUGGCCCUGAGAAAUGCACUGCCCUGUCGCUAUUUUUGGAUCUGUUUUCUUUCUCUCUACCUCUCCCCUCUUCCAACAUUAGAACUACAUGUCUACCUGCAGUUUUCAUGUGCUAUUAGUUCAAAUAACUAUAUUUCCAGUUUCAGCAAUUGAUCCAGAGAGCUGAGGACACAGCACUGGCCAGAUAGAGAAUGGAGGAAAGAGUGGCUUGAUUGGGGCAUAUGUGUAUAUACCAACUUUCCUCCGAGGAGCUCAAGAUGGCAUGCAUAGUUCUCUGCUCUAUUUUCUCCUCACAGCAACCCUGUGAGGUAGGUUAUGCUGAGAGUGAGUGACUGGUCCAAGGUCACCCUGCGAACUUCAUGGCUGGGUAGGGAUUCAAAACUUGGUCUUGCAAUAAUAGCUGUUAACAGUAUUAUGCAGCCAAGCUUGUAACUAAGGGGGAAAAGAAGUUUGGCAAGCCAGAUUGAUAGCUGCCGAAAUAAAGGCAUAGAAGCACGUUGUUGUGGUAUAGAGCUGGCAUAGUACAAUGACCAAGAAACUGAAAUAUAAAUUGGCAUGUCCUCACCUCUCACCUCUGACAUGAGCUCACUAGGUGUCAUUAGGCAAGCCACUGUCUCUCAACCUCUUACAGUACUCCCAGUUUAACACUAUGAAAGUAAUAAUAUUGACUUAACUUGCUGUAAUCCUUGCAGCUCUGUAAAGUAACACAUGUGAAGCUCUUUGACCACUCAGAAUCAUAGCAUUGUAGAGUUGGGAGGAACCCUGAGGGCCAUCUAGUCCAGACAGAUGGCCAUCAAACCUCUAAGGAAGGAGAAUCCACCACCUCCCAAGUGAGUUUGUUUCACUGUCGAACAGCUCCUACUUGUCAGAAAGUACUUCCUGGUGUUUACCUGGAAUCUCCUUUCUUGUAACUUGAAUCCAUUGGUUCAGGUCCUAGCCUCCGGAGCAGGAGUACCAGUAUUAAAUGCUAUUUAAAAGCACACAAAACGUCUGAGGGAACAACCGUAAAUUCAUCUAUUUACAGGACCGCCUCUCCUGGUAUGCCCCGCAGAAGACCUUAAGGUCCAUGAAUAACCAUAGUUUAGAGGUCCUGGGCCCUAAGGAAGUCAGACUAUCCUCCACCGGGGCUAGGGCCUUUUCAGUGAUGGCUCCGACCUGGUGGAAUGUUCUGUCCCAUGAGACUAGGGCCCUUCAGGAUUUAACCUCCUUCCGUCGAGCCUGUAAGACAGAGCUGUUCCGCCUGGCCUUUAAUUUGAAUUCAGCCUGAUCUUUUAUUUCCCUUCCCUUCUCUUCCCUCCCCCUCCCCUCUAAUGAAGAUUACCCACUCUGAGACCCCACAGCUAAUUCUCCCCUGGCCUCCUCGCUGGCCCAAGUAGGACUAAUUCAGCCAGCUAGCCCUGGUGAUUAUCUAAUGCUUAUUAGAUGGAUUUCCCCUAAAUUGAUUUCUGAACUUUGAAUUUUAUUGUUAUUCAUGUUUUUAUACUGUAUUUUAUGCUGCUUUUACAAUUAAGUGUUUUAAAUUUGUUGUUAGCCGCCCUGGGCCCAGUUUUUGAUCCUGGAAGGGCGGGGUAUAAAUAAAAAUUUAUUAUUAUUAUUAUCUAUUACCAAAUGUGCCUUGUAUGUGUCAAAACUAGAAUUCAAAUAAGAAUACAUUCCAGCUGUUCCAAGUAAUGCACCCCACUCCACCUCACAUGCUAAUCAUAAAUAUUAAGAAAUGUGUUCAGAAGGAAGCAGUGGGCAGGAGUUUGGAGCUGGAGAGGGGAUUAUUGGAGAAGAAGCAGUGACUGUGUCUUGUGACUUGGUUUUUGAUGUGUAGCUCUAAGGCAGGCAUAGGCAAACUCGGCCCUCCAGAUGUUUUUGGGACUACAACUCCCAUCAUCCCUAGCUAACAGGAGCAGUGGUCAGGGAUGAUGGGAACUGUAGUCUCAAAACAUCUGGAGGGCCGAGUCUGCCUAUGCCUGCUCUAAGACUUGAGGUACUGUGGCCAUCCCUGUUGUGUUGGAAAUCACAGGGUUUCUGCCUCAGCUCACCUGGUGAAAAGUGAUACUAUAGGAGGAGACCACUAGAGGGCAUCUCAGGGACUUGUGCAUCAGAACUCAGUCUGGAUGAAUGAAGGAGGAGUGCCCUAGGCAUUUAACAACAAACACUUAAAUACCACUAUAAAAACACUUAGAUAGCAGUAUUGCAAUUACAGCUGUAACAGGUAUUAUGCAGCGGUCUUUGUAAGUUUGGCAAACCAGAUUGACAGCUGCCUAAAUAAAAUAAGCUUUAGGUGGAAGAGAGGAAAGUCAUAAUUAGUGAGAAUUUUCGUCAGAUGUAAAAAUACAUGAGAUGCAAAUAGUUAACUGGGAAGUGAGGCAUUUAUAAGCCGUGUGGAAGCUCUUAACAUUGGAUGUCUUUAUUUAUCACAUUUCUGCCUGUAUCCUUCUUACUUCAAACAUAUCUCUGCGGCCACAAGGACAAGAAACUUGUUCUUCUUUUCUAAGCACCAUUUAACAUUAUAUGCUUGUCCUCCUAUGCAAUGGAUCGGAGCCUGCUGUCAGUUCACCAGUUCAGGGAGCUCUUCUGAAAAAGUAUUUCCCCUUUUAUGUGGAAGUGGCUACUCUGUAUGUACAUAUUAAAAUAUUUAUUUCCUGCUUUUCUGCCCCAUAACGGGACCUCCCAAGGUGAUUUUCAAAAGAAUGAAUGUUUCAAACGUAACAGCAAGAACUUACGAAACAAACUACACAUGCCACUUGAAAAUGUAUGGAAGAAAGAUGCCAUAUAAAUUCAGUUUAUAAUACUUAUUGCUGUACAGAUCUCACCCUUCUUCCCAUAUUAACAGAGCAACCUGCAUUUGUUGGACCCCAUGAUAACAUCAUGGCAUGUGUGUGCUCCAGAUUGAGCUCAUGGGUUGUUUGUUUAUUGUAAAUAGUCACUUACCUGGUCACCUGUGAUGAAUAAGAGCUACCUCCAGGCAACCAUCCUGGGAAGCUUUACACUAGUGAAUUUUUUUGGGGGGUGUAUUGUAAAUGGCUAAAAAUAAAUAUGUAUAGAUGGGCUAUUCACUUUGUGCGCUUCUUUGCAAGGUCCUGUGUGUUCCCUUCUUUCAUUUCUGUUUGAAAACAAACAGCACAGAAUCUGUAUUCCUUUGGCUCUUGAAUAGUCUAUAUUCUGACUGUCAUCCCUUCUCUUUCUCCCACAGUGAGAAGAUGAUGGCUGCAAGAUUCUGGAAGGAUCUGUCCAUGGACCACACAACCGAUCUGCUGUAA